AUGAAGCUCCCGACCGAGCUACUUCUCCUCGCCCUCACGCACCUCGCCUCCUGUGCCACCCUGCGACCGCGCAGCGCCAACUUCGCCUCCGUUCGUGGCCUUACGAGCCUAUCUACCGACCACUCGAGCAACAACGAUGUUCUUCGACCCGAAAAGUAUUUCCACGAAUCGACGUUCCACUCACACUACGAUGGCCGCUUCGCAGAAGCCCAACUACCGCCCCAGACACGCGCCUUCCACCUGCGACUACUCUUGCGAAGCUACAUGGACACGAUGGAUAUCAUCGGUAUAAGGACUUGGAUAAUGCAUGGCUGUUUACUCGGCUGGUGGUGGAAUGGCAAGAUCCUGCCAUGGGACAGCGAUGUGGACGUCAUGGUAGACGAACGGUCCAUGGCAGAACUGGGGAAUUGGUGGAACAUGACUGUACACCAUUAUACUGCCAAGGAUCUUGGGAUAUCAGCAAAGGACAUGGAGAAGCCCAAGAUACCCCACAGCGUAGAAGAUCAGAAAGCCCAUCUACGCAAGCUGUACUUGGAAAAGGAAGUUUUACGGAAAGGCAAGAAGUAUCUUUUAGAAGUAAACCCACACUACACGAACACGAGUACAACGGAUAGACACAACGUCAUCGACGCACGAUGGAUCGAUACCGCGACGGGGCUGUACAUUGACAUCACCACCAUCCACGUAGCACCUACCCCUCCCGACCCACGCGAUCCAAGCUCUCCCUCGUCCAACGUGGAAGAUGAAGACAUUUUAAUGUUCACUAAAGACCAACACGCCUACUCGCACUAUCAAAUCUUCCCCUUGCGCCGCUCAACCUUUGAAUCCAUCCCCGUCCGCAUACCCUACGCCUACGAGUCCCUCCUCGCCGAAGAAUACGGGCUGGAAUCGUUGACGGAUACCUGGUACAAUGGCUACGGAUUUGAUCCUGACACGCAUGAAUGGGUUAUUGCGGAGCCGACAGAGCAGCAGAGUAAGGAACUAGCGGACAGAGAGGCCAUGAAGCCAAAGCCCAAGCCAAAGCCAAAGGAGAGGCCCAAGCCAGAGCCGAAGCCGAGUCCAAAGCUAGCAACUGGGACAGUUGUUGCGGAAGCGCCUCAUAGUACUGGCGAGGGCGUGCAUGGGGAUAAAGCUGGGCAACUAGGCGACGGACGUUGGCCGCCUGGACCAGGAGCAACCACGAAGGCAUGAGCUAAUGCGUUACGAAACCUAUCUUUGCUAGACACUGUUGUAGAAUUCUGCCUCUUCUGUACACUACUUUGUACCGAACUAGUGUAACUCUCUUAGAGAAGAGAAGGACUGCGACGCAUAAACUUAGUCGCAGCAACCAUGGACCUGAAUCCAGCCAGCCUCUCGUAUAGAUUGCAUGUUAGUCAAUAAGGGUACUGCACAGCGUUACCCAUCUACACAUCACUUCACAUCGCAUCAAGACACAAGUUGUAUACUUGGUAGAUAGAAUCAAGUACGCGUUAGACAAACUUCUUCUUAAUCUCAUAAUUUCCAGCUAAAUCCUC